AGGGGCAGCCGGGCGGUGCGGCGCGAGAGAAGUCCGGUAUCCCGGCCGCUAGUGGUCCGGCUCCGGUCCGAUCAAGACAGAGUAAUGAGGGGAGUGUAUGUGUGCUGAGGCCUCGCCCCCGCCACGAGGCGCUGGGAAACGCCCACCUCGGUGGCGUUCAUCCAAUAGGCGUACUCCCAUUCACUCUAGUCCCCCCCCCCCAGCAGUGUUGGCCUCGCCUGCUAUGGUAAUGAGCGAGAGUCCCAGAGUGGAAAAGCAGCCUGUGGCGGUGGGAUACUAUACUAGUGCUGGCAGCUGCAACGGCGUGAGGUCCCAGCAGCAGUAGCAGUGAGUGUGAGCGGGGAUGAGACGCUGCGGGACAGGGACUUGGUGACGGCACAGCGGCUAUUGUCCUUGCCAUUGUUACGUAGUAUCGGGGAAGCUCGCCUGCGGAGGAGUCAGUUAGUCCCUGCUGGCCGGCGGUGCAGAGGGUGCUGUCAGCUGGGCGUGGGUGUCCUCCGGGGAGCAUCAUCUCACCAGGACUCGGAGAUGGAGGUGCAGCCGCUCCCGGAGUCCGGGGAUAGUGGGAUUGUAAUUAAAAACAUUGAGCGGGAGCUGAUAUGUCCUUCCUGCAAGGAGUUAUACACGCACCCACUCAUCCUACCAUGCCAGCACAGCAUUUGUCACAAGUGUGUGAAGGAGCUUCUCUUUAUGACCCUGGAGGACUCCACUGAUGCAAGCUCUGAAGCCUCCACACCUGGGGGAAGCCCACGCAGUCGUAUCCACUCCCCUAGUAUUGAAAGGAUCGACAGACUAAUCAGAUCAGCCUCACAUUGGAGCUCUCUUCUACUGAGAAGUAGAGGGUCAAAGCGCAAUUCUUUGACACCGAGGAUUACCACCCUCUCAUGUCCUGGAUGUUUACAUGAUGUAGACCUUGGAGAACGUGGCAUUAAUGGCCUUUUUCGGAACUUUACUUUGGAGACAAUCGUGGAACGCUACAGACAGGCAGCUCGUGCUGCCACGGCAAUUAUGUGUGACCUUUGUAAGCCUCCAGUCCAGGAGUCCACAAAAAGCUGCAUGGAUUGUAAGGCCAGCUACUGCAAUGAGUGCUUCAAAAUUCACCAUCCCUGGGGAACCAUCAAAGCCCAGCAUGAGUAUGUUGGACCUACAACUAACUUCAGGCCAAAAGUGCUCAUGUGUCCCGAGCACGAGGCAGAAAAGGUGAAUAUGUACUGUGAAAUCUGCAAGAGGCCGGUUUGUCACUUGUGUAAGCUUGCAGGUGCACAUGCAAACCACAGAGUGACCACAAUGAGUAAUGCCUACAGAACCCUGAAGGAAAAGCUUACGAAGGGCAUUGGCUAUCUCAUUAGCAAGGAAACCCAAGUAAGGACCCAAAUAUCUGAACUGGAAAUUAUCAUUAAACGGACAGAGAGCAAUGGAGAGCAAGCCUUGGAGGAAGCAACUUAUAACUUUGAUAAGUUGUUUAAUAUUUUGGAAGAGAGGAAAUCUUUUGUGCUCAAAUCUAUACAAGAAUCACAAACUGAGAGGCUGGGAAAGCUGAAGAACCAAAUGGAGGAAUACCAAGGUCUCUUGGAGAAUAAUGGGCUGGUAGGCUACGCUCAGGAAGUCUUGAAGGAAACUGAUCAUUCGUGCUUUGUUCAAACUGCUAAGCAGCUACACGCCAGAAUUCAAAAAGCAACAGAGUCAUUGAAAACUUUCCAGCCAGCUGCAGAUUCAAACUUUGAAGAAUACUUUGUUGAUGUGUCUAAAGAAGAAAGCCUAUUAACUGAUCUGUCCUUCUUUAAAUCUCUCGAUGUACCAGAAAUAAAUUUGAAAGCGAGCAAGAUGUAUAACAACGCCAAAAUUAGCUGGCAUCAGCCCAGUGAUUCUGGUCUUGCAGAUAGCUAUGUUCUCGAGUACCGAAAGACUGACAAAAAUGAAGAUUCUUUAUGGAAUGAAGUUGGAUCAACCAGUACAAGUAAAGUGGUUUCUGAUCUGGACUUCAAUAGCUCCUAUAGCUUCAGGGUGCAGGGGCUCCGAGGCUCUGCCUGCAGUCCCUUCAGCAGAGAAAUCAUCUUGCACACGCCACCUGCUCCAGUAUUCAGUUUUCUGUUUGAUGACAAAUGUGGGUAUAACAAAGAACAUAUCCUGCUGAGUGAUAGAAGGGACACUGUGGAGAGCAUGGCUGGGCUUCCCCUGCUGCUUGGGGCAGAACGCGUGCAAGUAGGAUCCUAUAUGUGCCUUGAUUACAUCAUUGGUGAUGCUGGGAUCACAAAGGGGAAACAUUACUGGGCAUUCACUGUAGAGCCAUACUCCUACAUGGUGAAAGUUGGUGUUGCAUCUGAUAUCAAACUUCAAGAAUGGUUGCAUAAUCCUCGUGACAUAAGCAGUCCAAGAUAUGAUCAAGACAGUGGUCAUGACAGCGGCAGUGAAGAUGUUGCCUUUGAUACAUCUCACCCAUUCACCCUGGCUACAAUCGGAAUGAGGAAGUUUUGUAUCCCAAAGGCCUCUAACGUUUCUACUACCUACACAGAACGCGUUCUUCCCCUUCCCAGCCGGAUAGGUGUUUGCCUGGACUACGAUAAAGGCAGAGUGGCGUUCUAUGAUGCAGAUAAUAUGAACUGUCUUUAUGAGCGAGAAGUUGACUGCAUUGGAACCAUGUAUCCUGCUUUUGCAAUGAUGGGUGGAGGAGCAAUUCAUUUAGAGGAAGACAUCACUGCAAAACACUUGGACUAUUCUUGUGAAAUGUGAUAUGCUCCUGAAUUCUAAAUGAAUACUUAUCAUCUGA